GGCAAGCGAGCGGCACUCGCAGUCUCAAUCAUACCAUCCCGCAGACAGACCGUUUUAAAAAACAAAACGAAAUUAUUAAGAAAAAAACACCAGUCUGUGUUUUUCCGUGCGGGCUUUUAAAAACUACAGUUCCAAACAGUGCAACGUACAAAAGUGAUGUGAUUAUUCGAUUUUCAAAACGGAUGCUCGAUUAGCGGUACAUUGCUCAACGAGUUUCUAGCGGCAAAACGGUGGGCAUAAACGAGAAUUCGGGCAUGAGAGUGUAGUUUUUUUUAAAGUGUUGUCAUCGUUGUAUGGCACGAUGAUAUCCGGAGGAUGGGUUUGCGCGCUGCACGUGAGGACGGCAGGCCUAGGGGGCGCAGCCCUGGGCUCGGAUGAGGAGGAAGUAGUCUACCUGGCCUAUAUUGUCAUUGACGUGAGCAAUAAUCAGGUGAUCGGAGAACGGGAGUAUGCCGUCCGGCCGACGCGGAGGCCCUCGGAGGAGCUCCAGACCGGGCAGCCCCUAGAAGUAGUUGUACAACAGUUCGACGAGUUUGCGCGCUCGCUACAAGUGGACCCCCACUCCCCCCUCUUCAGGCUAGUCACAGACGGACAACCUCCACUUAGACAAUGUCUCCACCCGGAAGCGUGCAGUAAGGAGUUAACGCUGCCCGCGUAUUACGCGCGUUUCCACGACCUGCGCAAGGAGUUCAUGCGCGCGUACGCGCUGCGCGCCGUCCCGCCGCCCGAGCCCACGGCCCUACAAGACAUGCUUACUUAUUUAGGUAUACCCCCGUACACGGGAGACAAUUUUUACGCGGCUGAGGUCAAAGACAUGGCCAGUGUCAUUAGAAGAAUAAUUUCAGAUGGUUUCCGGUUAGAGCUACCGGAGACGGUCGACUUAGUAUUAGAAACUGGAAUAUGUUCAAAAGACGAUGAGAUCGACGGCAACUGUAUAGUUCGCGCGCGGGGCCUGCCCUGGCAGUCUUCAGACCAGGACAUCGCCAAGUUCUUCCGAGGGCUCAAUGUGGCCAAGGGCGGAGUAGCGCUCUGCCUGUCCCCCCAGGGCCGCCGCAACGGCGAGGCGCUGGUGCGCUUCGUGUCCCAGGAGCACCGAGACAUGGCGCUCAAGAGGCAUAAACACCACAUAGGCCCGCGGUACAUCGAGGUGUACCGUGCGAGCGGCGAAGAUUUCCUCUCGGUGGCUGGAGGUGCGACGUGCGAAGCGGCCGCGUUCCUCUCCCGCGGCGCGCAGGUCAUCGUACGCAUGCGCGGACUGCCCUACGACGCCACCCCUGCGCAAGUGCUCGACUUCUUCGCAACCGGCGACGACCCGGUGCAAGUACUAGAUGGCGCUGAAGGCGUCCUCUUCGUCCGGCGAGCGGACGGCCGCGCCACCGGAGAUGCCUUCGUGCUGUUCUCUAAGGAGGAGGAUUCUCCUAAGGCCCUGUCCCGGCAUCGGAAGCUGAUCGGACAGAGAUAUAUAGAGCUGUUCCGGUCUACUACCGCUGAAGUUCAACAGGUGCUGAACCGGUCGCUAGAGCCGCGCACGCCAGCGAGCACGCCGGCAGCGCCCGCGCCGGCCGAGGGCCUGCUGCCCGUGGCGCUGGUGCCGCAGCACGUCAUCACCUCCGGCACCGCCAAGGACUGUGUCCGGCUCCGCGGCCUGCCUUACGAAGCACAGGUUGAAAACAUCCUAACUUUCUUGGACGAGUUCGCGAAGAAUAUCGUCGUACAGGGCGUCCACAUGGUUUAUAAUGCACAGGGUCACCCGAGCGGCGAAGCGUUCAUCCAGAUGGACAGCGAGACGAGCGCGUUCCUGUGCGCGCAGCAGAAGCACCACCGGAACAUGGCGUUCGGCAAGAAGCAGCGGUACAUUGAGGUGUUCCAGUGUUCCGGCGACGACAUGAACCUGGUGCUGACCGGCGGCGUGACGCCGGCCACGUCGCCCAAGGUGCUCUCGCCCGGGCCUCUCACAUAUUACUAUCCGACGAUGGGACCGACCCUGCCGCCGCCGCUGGUGUACUGGACGUACCCCACGCCCCCCGUGUCGCCAGCUCACUACUACCACCCGCCUCACCAUCCGCAGACUAUGGUAACGAACACUUAUGCCGGAUGUGGUGUCAGUUGGAGGCGGGUCCCCCCUCCCCAUCCCCCCUCCCGCGGCUUGUCCGGAAUGGCCCAUAUACAUGGUCAAUUAGUCAAGCUUCUUGUUGGCUCAAAAUUAAUUGGACCUACUCGUAUAGACCGUAAUCACAACAAAACUAAAAAUUAACGAACAUUAUUUUUAAACAUUUCGAUAGUCUAUUUCAAGAUGUUUAUUAAUUGUUAAUAUUUUUUCAACGUUACAAGCAUACGUGUCAUUUUAAUAUAUUGACAGCGAUGCUUAGUUUUAAAAGUUUGUGAAAAUUGUAUUUUACGAUAUUUAUGCAACAGAAAGUAAAACAUCACUUGCCAUCAAUGUCUAACAAAAUAAUAAUUUAAUGGCUCAAAUAUAGUGAUAUUUUCAGACAAAUAAUUAUAUCAUUAUGAUAUUAUUUUUAUUACAAACAUAUUAUUUAUAAAUAGGUAAUCUACACGUUACGUUUUUGCAAUUUUCUGAAAUUUUCAAUGUUAUUCUAUAUGUCUGUUGUUAUUUUUAACCUUUUGAACGCCACAGACGGUAAUUGACGUCACCGCAAAAUCGUGACAACUAUGCCAAAGACGGUAUUUGACGUCGAUCGUUUUUUGAUGAAAAUCUACUGAAAAACACCCCACUUUUAGGUUGCCAUUAUUUAUUCACAUAAUUAAAUUUUAUCCCCGUGGCGUCAGUGGCAAUGGCAAGGCAAUUGGAAGCACCGUUUGACGUUCAACAGGUUAAAUACUAUUUGGUGGCACAUUAACUAAUGUACCAGUACGCAAGAUUUUUUACAAAUAUUUUUUUAAUAUUUACAGAUUUUACUAAAACGUAAAUCGUGCAAGUCUAUUACAAUUUUAUACAUAUCUUAUUUAUAAAUUUUAUGCAAAAAUGUAUUUAUCUCUUUAAGUAGUUCCUCUCACAGAAUUCUUAAAAUAUGUUUACCGCAUUCACUGCCAGGGGGCGUGGUCUAGUAUCUUGUAUGACGGUGAACGCACAUGUGCUUCGGGGCAGUGAAUGUGUUAAUACAUUAUUUUGUAUUCUGAGUUCUCACUAUAUGUAUAAUAUUUUAAUCUAUAAACAACGAAACGCAGUGAUAUAUAAACGGUGCUGUUUGUUAAUUAUUUUUGUAGAAUUAAACCAAAUAAAUAUGUUAUCAAAAUAAUAUCUAUUAUACACUAGACUUAUAGUUUAAGACAACGCUCAAUUAGAAAUAGCUAAAUAAAUCGAGAAUUUAGUUACUACAGAAAUAGGCCAUACAGUUAAGAUUUUUCACCUACUUGAGCAUUUUCUCGUGAUUAUUGUAUAAAUUAAAGGAUUAAAGUUACGUAAUACAUGUUUGAGUCCAUAUUUAUAUGAUUUUGAAUCUUCAAAACAUAAAGACUUUGACUAUGUGUUAUUUUAACUGAACAUUGCUCAUUAGACUAAGAUUCGCAAUAUGUUCAAGUGGCGUUAUAUCUUGAGCCUGCCAAGCCAGAUUUGACUUUGUUAUUUACGAUAAAAUACAGGUCCUUUCUUGCCAAAAUACUGAUUGGGCUCAUCAUAAUAAGCUAGAAACUGUUAUAUUCGGCUUGCGUAGUUUAGAAGUAAGAGAAUUAGAUAUUUUUUCUACCAUGUUGACUGUUUAAAAUUUUACUAUGUCUGUAAAGAAAACGAUUUAUCUUAUACUUUUUUAUAUCGCCCUAAUGCAAAUACAGGAAAAAUCAUCAACAUAAAAGAUUUCCAUAAAACAAUCCUAAAUCAUAAUAGCUAUUAAUUAAAUCUAAGUGAUCUACUAGGCAUAAUACCUAAUUUAGAUGUUAAAUGUAAACAACAAUAUCUUCAAAUGUCUUCCAAUUUUGUAAAAUAGUAUUGUAUUUAUUUAAGUAGGUAUGUCACAAAAUAUUGUGAUAGUUAUAAUAACUAAAGUUUAGACACAAUAAUAAAUCGUUAUUAUAUGGCGUUAAUAAACGUUAUGUGAGAAAGUUUGUAAAAACGUUAAAAUAACGUUAUUUAAGUCUUAAGUAAAUUAAUAUAAAAAAUGAUAUUAAUAUGAAAUCUUAAGAGCGAAUAAUUUUCAAAAUUUGUUAUCAUUAUGUAUUAGACAGUUAGUCGUUAUUAGUUACGUUCAUAAACGUUGAAUAAACGUAAAGUUAAGUUUGGUAAAAUUUGACAAUAAAAUUACAAUCACGUUGAAAAAGCGAUAUUAUACAUGAAAAUUUUAGUUCGAAAGAAUUUAUUUUUAAGUAUUGGUCAGUACUUGUUGUUUUUAAGUUUUAAACCAUGACGUUGGAAGCUAUCAUGACCACAUAUUAUUUUAAAUACUUACACUGUUAUGUUUCUUAUUAUAACGUCGUUUUCAUAUCUAUGUUUGUUGUUCAUACUAUCGAUGGCAAUGAGCCAAUGAGUUUAGGAGCAUUCCACGGGCUGUCCCGUACAAACGUAUUUUAUUUUCUGUGUUGCGACUUUUUUCUCGGCAUUUAAAGCAGGCGAUUAUUCUUCUGUGCAUAUUUUUGACCAUUUGUCAUAGAAAAGGAAACUCUUAUACCUUUAAAUCUUCAGAAACUUCGCGUUUGUACGGGACAACGGUAGACAAUUUCAUGGAAUGCUCCUUAUCAGAUACGGUUGGCCUUAAAGUCGCUGAAAGAAACGCUUCACAUGCCCUUACUUAAAUGUUGUCCUAGAAUUAGACCAAGAAAAGUCUGCAGCGAUUUUGAUAGCCCACGCAGUGCAAGUGUUAUUUACACGUCAUAAUUUCCUAGAAGUUUGACGUUUAAAAUGGCACUUGCACUGCGUGGGCUAUCAAAAUCACUGCAGACUUUUUACGGUCUGACAUAUUAAAAGGACGAAUAACGAAAUUUCGUUAUCUGACUCUAUCAAUAGCCUAGCUAUAUUGAAGCAUAUUCGUGCGAUAAAGAGGCAGAUAUCAAAAAUUCGAUCUUCAUUUUUCGCGGUAGGCCCUCGUUACUCAGACCCGUUGUUUGACAACGGUAAUUAAUAUUUAUUAUGAGUAUAGUACUUUUCAUUUAUCGUUGUUCGUACAGUAAAAAUACAAAAUAUAACAUAAAAUUCAUCAUAUAAUUAUAUCCAUGCACUAAAUUACUUUUCGAGGCCUGGACCUGAGGAAACUAGCGCAAUGACCCUAUUAUACCAUCUAGGGUAAUGCGCCAGUAACUGGCUGGUUUUAGUAACUGGCCGCCCUACAACUAAAAAUGAAUUCUAUUCACCUAUAAACAGAAUUCAUUUCAGUAUAAGGCGGCUAGUUAUUGAAGGCUGGCCAGUUAUUGAAACCUUAUACUAAAAUCAAAGAGGAUUUGAAGUAGAGAGUUACUGUCAUGGUAAAUUAUGUAGCUACAGUUCAUUUACUGACAUAUUUCGACAGAAGAUUAACACUGAACGCCAUUUGACUUUGAUCCUUAUUCUUACUACUCGAACAUAGGCUGAAGGUUGUGGCGCCAUCGCUCGAAAACAUGGAACCAUACCUUUGGCCUAUAGUCGAGUAGAUGGCGUGAAUAUUAAUAUUUAAUAAGUUAACACAUAUCAGUGAAAGAAUAAGGAUCAAAGUCGAAUGGCGUUCUAACAGUUUUAUGUUCUGUCGAAAGAUGGCAGUAAAUUUACAGUGGCUACAUAAUUUACUUUGACAAUCCGUCUCUACAUAGAGUUAUUGUUUAUGGGUGUAUAGAGUUUAUUCUCUUUGCUAAAAUGAACUCUGUUUAUAGGUAAAUAUAUAGUACAUUAUUGUCGAGGCUCGGAAGUAGCUACUUGCAGGCUGAGGAUUCGUUUUAAACGGACGACCUUGGGAGUCCGUUUAAUUGAAUCCGAAGCCAGCAAGUAGCCUUCCAGCCGAGUCAUAUAUAGUGCUUUUCUCAAAAAUGGUGCAAGAAAUAGAAAUAUUUUACAAAAGCAACGUUGUUACCUAUAUAUUUUCACAGAAGAAAGCCCUUGCCGCCUUUUUAUUUUUUUAAUAAAAAAAUAGAAGUGUAUUUUUCUGCCGAAAAUACGCCAACCUAUUUGAGACAACUAAAUAGUCGCGGUACUAAUCAUCUGUUUGGCUGUUUAAUGGGCCUGUGCCUUCAAUUGAUAUGGCCAUUUCAACUUUUAAAAAGUUUGGAACUGGACAAAUAAUGGAAUUUGUAUGCAACAUUGCAGUCCCCAAAUCGAGACUGCAAUGUUUUUAACUUUUUAAUUUUUGACUGACCAUAAACUAAGCGCUUCGCGACCUAUUUUUUAGACGGCAAAGUCGACUUUGCCGUCCAUUUUUGAGAAAAAUUAUUUGGUGGCCAAUUACUAAAACGGGCCAGUUACUGGCGAAUUAGCCUACAUAUAUCAUUUACUUUAUAUUAAUCACACUGCAGUUUAUCUGUGUUACCUAUUAUUUUAUUGAGAUCUGACAGAUUUUUAAUACAAUUUAUUUUCAGAACUAUUUUAUAUAAAAUCUUUAGGACUAUUGUAAUAAUUAUAAAUUUGUUACUUUUUUAAUAAAAAGUGCCACUUCAUAAAAAUAUUUUUCGUAGAAGUGGUACUUUGAAAUUGUUACCUACUUUCUGUUGAUUUUUAUAUAAAUCUGUUGAUGCCGUAGUGUUAUUUUUAGUAGAUAGAUUUAGUCAAAAUAGAACGUGCAAUGUUAGAAAUUAGACAUGUCUCGAUGUUUAAUGCCAAAAGUUGUUUGGUUUCAUAUCAUACAAAGUAGUGAAUUGUUCCGAUAAAAAUAAAUAUAGAUCCAUCAUAGAA